AUGUCAGACCAGUUCAGGGAUUCUGUGAAAUCAGAAGCCCGACGGCUUUUGCAGCUGACGGGACCCGGGUUGGAUGACGCGCCGCGAACUCCUCCUGAAAGGGCGCGGAGUUGUUGGCAAUCUCCGGAGGGGCCGCAGUUCAACCUCUGGUCUGUGGAGCCCGAGGUGGCGCAGGUGUCAAAUUCAGAUUCAAAUCCAGGUGAUACCAAGCAGACUGAUGACUCAGAAAUUGUGAGGUCGUCGACCUCAGAGAUGGCUGAGGAGUCGGAGAUGAUGCCUGCAGCAGAUGCAAAGAUGAUGUCGCAGCCAGCGGAUUUGCCCCAAUGCGAAGCUGCCAGAGAGCCUGAGAGUGUGGAUGAGAAGUUGAAGCCAGGCGGGAAGCCAGAGCUUGAGAGUGAGAAGUUGGACGCAGUGGAGCAAAAGCCAGGGGAGUCGCUCCAAGCUGCCACAGAGACUGAGAUUUCGAAGUUGCCUGGCACUGCAGCAGCAGCUGCGGCAACUGCCAAUGCUGCUUGUCGUUCUAAAUCGUCGGAGACUUUCCUGGCUACUUCUGAUGAUGAAGCUGGACCUAAAACGGAACCGUUGCCCAUUAAACGCCCAGCAGCCAAAGAUGAGAUCCAGGGGGCGCCAACUUCAAGUGGACCUGCUCCAUUGACCCCAUUGAAACGCCCAGCGGCCGCUAAUUCUGCUGAUGAUUCUGCCCCUGCAGUCGCAGAUUCUGAUUCUGCCCCUCCAGCCAAGAAGCCGAAGGUGAAUCAGCAGAAGUUCACUCCGGAGCUUUACGCCUGGGAGGAGAAGAGUUCCGGCGACCAGACAUGGAAAGAGAGCGUUCAUGGAGAUUGGAAGGUGGAAGAAUACGUUCGCACCACAGGGAAACAGCAGGGAGACAAGUGGCGACUGUUUAAGCACACUUCCGGCAAAGUUGAGAAGUCAUUCAGAGCAGCUGUAAAAGCUGGAUUUGUUCAGUGCAUUUCCGCAGACGUUGAUUGA